AUGUACGUCCCGCCGUCCCUCAAGGUGCAUCGCUUUUUCUUUCCAGAGGCCGCCGUGGCUAAGAACCAUAAGCACGUCAAGCUGCCCCUGCUCUGCAGAGCGGCGCCAGCACAAUAUACAUGCACAAUGGACAUCCAGGAGCUGCUGCACGCCGAGGAGCUCUACUUCUUUUUCCGGCGCUCCAACGGGGCCGCCAUAUUCGCCGCGCAGACUCUGCAGGGCAAAUCGAGGACGGCGCUAGACAGCGAGUCGCGGCGGCUGCUAUCAAAGUACAUGCUCACUGUACGCUGCAAAGUGCAAAGCCAAGCAGGCGAUGCUAAACGCGCGCGCAAGUGA